GCGAAGCGAAUCCAGUAAUGAUUCCUGUUUUCCUCUUUUUGUAGUCUGCUUUGCACACCAAUAUCGUUGGUGGAAAUUUUUCGGCUAAGGAAAGAGCAAAUAAGAGUUAAAACGUGAAUAACUAAAAGCGUAGCGUUAGAAGAAAACUUCGGUAUGUUCGUUUGCGGUUGUAGAAUAGUAAUGGCGUUUCAGAUUUGCUGACGGUCGCGAAAAGUGUAAUCGGAAAGUUUAUAUAGCCUGAUGGAAUUCAAUCGUCAAAGGGAAACAACCAUUUCGGUGCUGUCUGCUGCGUGUACAAUCCGUGUGAGUUGAAGCAGCUCCGAAGGCGAACCCGAGAUGAAAAUCGGCUUUCGGAAGUGAAUUCCCUGAAGCUGUAUGAAAAAUGACACCACCGACGGAAGCUGCUCCGUUAGCUAGCGAGUCUAAAUUGAAACUGUUCAGUCUUCCAACAGAACACGCAUUCCGCUACUGUUCCUGUGGCAAAACUUUGUCAUGACACUUGGCAGCUAAAAUAAGCAGUCUAACUUGAGCAACACAACUUUGGGACUUGAGUGUAGAAAACAGAAAAGUGUGCGCCGCGCCAGGAUAGAUUGGCAACUUUGGAAGCCAGCAACGAACGUCGCCUCAGUGGCAACGAGCUACAAUCGUGGCGUCGGCGGCGGUAAUAGCGGUCAGCACAUCGCACGCAUCAUACGAAGAGCAAGCGAAGAAGAGGAACAUAAACAGGUUUUAAUCGAGAGUGCUACGAAAGAGUUCGAAAACAGAAGACUAAGCUUCAGUAUAAUAAGUAAAGUUUAGCACAUGAAAAGUGCCGACAAAUCCGAGAAGAGAUAGUGAACGGGACGUCGGGAGCGAAACAGAGUUGACCAUCCAUGCGGCAGUAAGAAAACGGCAAUUUUUUUUAUUACUAUAGUGGUGUUUUUUGACUUCCCGAUUCGCACCGCCCCCAGGAUUUAUGUUAGUUACAAUUAAAAGUGGCCUAUGUGUUUUGUUUUUUUUUUAACAAAAUGUGAAUGCUGUCGGUUUUCGAAUGUUACGCCGGUUAUUUCGUUAAGCCAUAAUCGAUCAUGUUGUCAAGGCCUUUGAAAAUAUUAGGUGCUGUAGUUGUGAUAGCCAAACAUGUGCAAAAAUAUGUGUGUAUCAAAAAGUGUUGUUGCCAAUUGCGUGCAAAAUUAAGUUGAAGAAUUUAUGGAUAACGAAAUAGCUAUGGAAUAGAUCGUUAGAAGGAUAAGUAGAGACAUCUAUCAACCUUUCGGAGUCUUCGAAAAACAUACACGUGCAAAUCAACCAAAUUAAUCACACGAUUGCAUUUGUCGAUUAUCACAUUCAACUGGGAAAACCUCGAGAACAACAACAACAGAAAAAAACUUACAACUGCAACCAGAGAAUUAUCCUUAAUUCGAAGCCUGCCAAUGUCUCAUCAUCGGCGUUCGAUGUAGUGAUAAUCAUUGAAGGAACGGAAUUAUUCGUACAGUCGUCCGUCUUCCGCUGUUGUCGUCCAUUAGAGAACCGGAAAACAGUUCCCCGAUGAGUCAGUACAACGUACACAAAUUUGAUGACACUACUUGCAGUGGACCUAGACCCCCUGUCCCAGGAAAGGAAAGUCGUCGGAAGAUGACCGACACCCUUAACUCGGAAAGAUCCAGCGAUUCGCCGCCGAACUACUAUCGGUGGUCGGAGAAGCUGUCCUACCUGCUGGAAGAUGUCGACGGUGCGGAGCUGUUCAAGCGCUUCGUCGAGCAGCAGGGCGACGAACACUCGAACCAGCUCAAUUUCUACUUCGCCUGCGAGGGUCUCAAACAGCAAAGCGACAAUGACAAGAUGAUCCAGCUUAUCGGUGCAAUAUACAAGCGCUUCCUGAAACGAGCGCCCCGCGGUUCCAAGCUUCACGUUGGUGAAAAAAUGCGCAAUAUGAUCAAAGCGGGGCUCAAAAAUGAAUAUUUAUUGACGCCGGAUAUUUUCGAUCAAAUGCAGGCGGAUGUGGCUGCCGUCAUUAGCAACACGACUUAUCCGAAUUUCCUGCAAUCCGAUCUGUACAUACAUUAUAUCCAAAAUAUGCAAACGAACAGCGGUAGCGGUGCCACCGUCGGUGUUCCGCUCGGGAUGUCGGGAGCAUCAACCGGUUCACUCUCCUCGAUGACCAACAGCAGUUCCAUGUCGGAACUAAUCCUGCCCAGUUCCUCUGCCUUACCAACGUUGCACGAAGAUUCCGAACUAGUCAAUGCCGAUUCGAUCGAGCAACUUUACGGCGCUCUGGGGCCGGGUAUUGCCGGUAGCAGCAUAUCCGUUACUUCCAGUGUUAGCGCUGCUGGCAGUAGCAAACCCGCGAUGACCCUGACGAAGGAUGCACUGAUGGCCACGCAAGAGCGCCGCCUCGAGAUGAGACCUCCCGGAGCAAACGGAUACUCUGUGUACAUGAACUAUGCAUCCUAUAACCCGGUCUCGCGCCGUGACUCGGAGCUGGCCAGUCUCAGCUCGGGCCGAACGGAAUCCGAUAAGAUGCCACCGCCGACGAUGUACCUUGAUGGUCAGUCACACACGCAACGGAGACAUCCUACUCGGCAUUCUGCUAUGGAGCAAAGGCAAAUAAACGAGAAUAUCGUUUUCAAUGAUAAUCUGAAGCAUAUACCUCGAAAUCAACGAGUACAUCCGAAAGUGCUGUCCGCUGAGCAAUUCCAAAUGGAACUUAUGCAAAAACUGAAAGCGGUACAGCAAGCUCAGGAAAAAGAAGGGGAAGUUAUUCGAAAAAUUGACAAGAUGGAUAGGUCUCAGAGUAAUACAUUCUUCGCUGAUGCCAUUCGACAGAAACUCCUGGUAGAGGACGACAACGAUCAGGAUAUUCUGGACAAACACGUUUCGAGGGUAUGGUCUGAUUUAACACCAAGUCGAUCACCGGACAUUAUGUCCCCUUGUCCAGCCACAAAUCGAUCGCGGCGUUCCGAUAUAAGCAACUUUAGAGGUGGUUCCAUGAGUGCACAAUCCUCUAUACGGCAUUCGAAAUCGAUGCCGGACGGUCACCCGCUGAAUAUGGCUGGUCCUACAGCGCCACAACCAUUGCCUCGAAACAAACCGCUGAACAAUAAAUGGCCCUCGGUGUACACUGAUAGUGGAAUUAGUUUACUUUCGACCGACACCUUGAGCAAGUACAGCAGUAAGGAUAUGCCGAGUAUGAGUACAAACAGUUCCCGGCCGCUGUCUCGAGCGAUGCAAGCCGACAUGGCGGCCGGAAAUACUACCCACCUAUUGCAAGAGUCCAGCAGGCGGUUGGAUGAUGAAGCCAGAAGAUCGAAACGAUAUCAGCAUCCACUACCGCCACCGCCAAUGCCUCCUGCUGUUGCCGCGAGUUCUCUAGUGCCACCGCCAAUACCUGCCAAACCUCAGAGCUCCGUGACGGAGUUCACCGUCGUGGUUUAUCUGUUCUGCGACGAGGAAGUACCGUACCGGAUAAAAAUUCCCGGCACGCAUCCGCCAACGCUCAAACAGUUCAAGGACUACCUGCCCAAGAAGGGAAACUAUCGAUUCUUUUUCAAAACCCGCUGCGACGACCUCGACAGUCCGGUGAUCCAGGAAGAGAUUAACAACGACAAUGAGGUGUUACCCCUGUUCGAGGGUAAAGUGAUGGGUACGGUGAAACCACUAGACUAAACUAACUGUGAAUCAAUGCAGGUGUAAGCUAAGACCAUGUAUCAUAAAGUCGAUUCGCAUGAAAAGAAAAUAACUAGUUCAAAUAUUUCCGGUCUUGGUCUUAUAUGGUUUUGGUUUUAGUUGUUACAAACGAUAUUCUUCGUCAAUUGUGUUUUAUCGAACGCAAUCAGAACUAUGCCAACCAACUUGAUGUUAUUUGGUCAAAUUAGUAAUACCUGUAAUACUGCCAACAUUGUGAGCAAAUUGUAGUUUGGAAUGAUUAUGCAAACAGAUAUCAUCAUCACCAGAAUACAAGCCUAAUGCAAUUUUAUGUAUAGAAUGCAACAGACUUCCAUCUUUUGAAAAAGUUUCUUAUUUCCGAAUUAUGUGUGGGUAGAAUUGGGCUUUAUUUAGUGUUUCGGUGGAAAUUCUCUUAGCCAAUUUAGUAUAUAUAUUUUUGGGAACUUCUGAUUCAUCCAUUUUCCUUUGAUAAAAUCAAAAAUUUUAUUAUGUUAUUGCUAUUCGUAAAAUUUAAUUGCACAGCGAAAUUAAUAUCCUUCUGUUCAUUCUAUAGUAAACAUGCGCGUACAGAAAAGAGAUACAGAGUAAAAAUACAGCUAAAGUGCCUUUUAGAAUGUUAUGAACUGAAUAGGAAUGCGAACAACCCCGAACAAUCGGCUUACCGAGAACCUAAAACAAAAGGACACGAAAAGAUAGUGUUCAGCAGGGCAAGAAGGAAUAAAUAGGAAUAGAUCAUUAGUGAUUUGGUUCGCUAGAUUAUAUCGAGCAGGAACUAACAAACGCAGUAGAUGCCAUACGGGAUCGAAAAUAAUCCACUUCGAACUGACCAAAAUAGAGAAGAAAAAUCAAAACUAAAAAAAAACAUUACUUCAUUGUGGAAAUAUAGCAAUACCCGGAAAGAAUUGGAGUCCAACAGUAUUUUGCCUGUAAUUUAGAAAUUUUAUUUUUUAUAUGAGAAAAGCCACACAAGUUUCGGUGUUCUCCACACUUAUUUAAUCGCUUUUUAUUUAUUUUGUCCAAUGUUUGCCACUUCAUUUAAAAUGACGAGUGGCAUCCCAAGCCGCAAUCUAAGUCGACAAUUUACAGAAUGCUUGCUGUUUUUUUUAUCGUAGCGAAAUCAGUGUACAGACAAUAACCUCCUCCCGGAAUGAAAGCGAUCGAUUAUAGAAAAUAUGCCUCUCUGACUGAUCCUACUAGUGCUGCCUGUGUUAGCAUUUGUUUGAAAGUUUAACAUUGCAUGAAGUAAGGGAAAACAAAUGAGAGGUAGUAACUCUCAGAACUAAACAUCUUCCUUUGGUUUUAUUACGAUUGUAUUAGAAUACAACAUACCGAUACUAUACAACACACCCUUUGGAAAACGAACACGAAAGCUUAGGGAGUGAUUGAAAAAUAUAUUUAGAAACAUAUAUAUUGCAGUAAACGAGUAAUAAAAGCUAUUAUAUAAAAACUA